UGAGCAAAAUCCCCUUUCGCGAACAGCGGCUAGUAGUGCAGUUGGCCGUUUGUCUACGAAUAAUUCACGGCCGUACGUAAAGAAAAUUGAAUCAAAACUUUGCCAAAAUUUGAUGCAAACAUAGUCCCCAUUAUCAUCUUUAUGCUUAACAGGCUCUGUACCGUAUGCCUACGAGUCUGCGCUUCUCCUUGGAUUCGCUCUAAUCGUGUAGUUAUGUUCCGGGAGCAGUAGAUGCAGUAUGCCUGGACUAACCGGCGAUACUGCUCAUAUGAAUACAUCUUCACGACCUGAGCAAAAGCUCUCCCCUAAUGUAUCCAACGAGCUAGCAGUGUUUCGAGCCACCAGGAAGGCCACAAUUCUACGAAGGCGUUCCUACAUCGGUUCAGCAUUGAUCUCAUUCAACGUAUAUGGCAUCAUCCUCUCAUUUGGCCCAUACCUUGACUUAUAUUAUAAGUCAAUACAUCCUCGAAAGCCAGACAUUGUCCAGUUAUCCUCGAUCCAAGCAGCACGACUCGUCUUCGCCUUUGCGGCCAUAUAUCCGAUCGGCUAUUUCUAUCGACAAAAGCUGCAGAGAACGACGAUAUGGAUCAGUACGGUCGGCGCGAUACUGUGUCAGGGCGCUGUGAUUGAGAGCAGCAAGUGGUGGGAACUGAUCGUGGUCAGUGGCUCGCAAGGCUUCUUCCUAGGAUCUCUCGCGACAUCCGGGAUUCUAUGUCUAGCAACUCACUAUCGCAACAACCUUCCCCUUACCUCGAUGAUAUGCACCAACGCCGGCUUCCUCGGGGCAAUAACCUACACAAUGAUAUCCUACAUGUGCGUUGAGCGCCCGAGCAAAUGGGUCAACGCACAAUACAUCAACAUCUCCCUCCUGACCCCAACCCUCGUCAUCGCCUCCCUCCUCCUCAAACCGAACCCAACAUACGCACAUCCCCAACCACUACGACCACUCCCACUGAAAAGGUAUCUAACAUCCCGCACGACGAUCUGCUUCACGCUGGGGUACUGGCUCAUCUCCACCACCCUCUUCGUCUGGCCGACGACUUACCUGCUGCUCCACUCCCCCUCCCACUCGCCCAGCACCUCCCCCCUACACCUCGUCCUCGCACUGACAGCCACCUACGCCACGGCGUUCAUCUCUGCAUCCAUAGUGACAUCUCCGUACGUCCGAAGAAGCGUCGGCCCGGUGAACACGUUCGUAGCUGCGUCGCUGGUCGCGGCCGCCUGCUAUCUGACCCCCGCGUGGAUGCCGGGGAACAUGAUAGUCCUCCUGCCGAGCACCAUCAUCUACGGUGCGUGUCUCGGACCGCUGGUGGUCCUGGGCGUCAAGGUGGUUUCCGUUUUCGAAGGCGGCGGCGGCGGGAAGGAGGGGGGCGAGGAGGACAGGAGGACAAUGCCGGGAUUCAUCGCGGGCGUUCAGACCGGCGCGGGCGGGUCCGCGGGACUGGGGGUCAUGGUGGCGGCGGUGGUGGUGAGGGCAUGGGAUGAAGGACAAGGAGGGAUUGGUUUUAGGGUUUUGGGGUCGGGGGCUGUUGUGUUGACGGUUGUUGGGUGUUUGCUGUUGGGGUGCGCGAGGUGGGAGAGGGGUGGGAGGAGGUUUAGGAUUGUGAUUUGAGGGUUGUGUGACGUUUGUAUGCUGGCAGGUUGGUUGCAGUGUUGAUUGAUCCUAUGGAAAGAGUUGGAUUUGGGUAUUCAGAUGGAGGAUGGAUUUGCUCG